AGUUUGGCCAGGCCCAGGAGCAGACCCUCUGGCAACUUCUAUUGUGAAAUUUCCCUCCUUGAUCUGGCCUCUUCCUAUCUGACUGAACGCCUUCAGACCCACAACCCUCUGAGAUCUCUGUGCUGUUCUACUCAUGCUACUCAUGCCCUUUGGAGGCCCCUUACUUUCCUCAAACCCCUCCACCCCCCCCGGCUCUGCCUUCAGAGCCCGGACCCUAAACUCCAGAACUCCCCGCUCCAAACUGCUCGACCUGCUCUCCCUCUCCUUGGUGAUGCUACUAUCAACCGGCCAUGAUUUCAGUCACCCGCUCUAAUAUCUUUGGGCUUGGUGUCAGGGUGGUUUGUGAACAUCCCUGUGUUGGAAUGUCUUCCUACACUGAAGGUGCAACCUAAAUGCAGGCCCCUGUGUCGCUGGACCAGUAAAUGCAGCACCCGGUGAGGGGUUUAGGCUGUUGGGUUUGGAAGGCUCCUUGUGAUUUCCAGUGGGUUUUUGAUUCUUGGUUUGACUCUGUCCUCAGUUUUGGAGUCUUGCUGUGGGAGCUGCUGACCGGGGAAGCUCCCUAUCGGGAGAUCGAUGGGCUGGCUGUCGCUUAUGGAGUGGCUGUUAAUAAACUAACCCUUCCGAUCCCGUCCACCUGCCCCGAGCCAUUUGGUAAACUGAUGGAAGAUUGUUGGAAUGCAGACGCGCACGGCCGCCCCUCAUUCACCUCGAUCCUCGCUCAGCUGGUGGAAAUCGAGCAAUCGUCCCUGUUCGAGAUGCCUCUGGAAUCAUUCCACUCCCUCCAGGAGGACUGGAAGCUGGAGAUCCAGCAGAUGUUCAACGAGCUGCGUACAAAAGAGAAG